AAAGCCUGAUGGGUAAUUCCCAACGUCCUUGUCCUACACCGACUGUCUUCACGCUUGGGCCGGGGAUUUUUUUGUCAUUCACCUGCACUUGAGUAAAUAAAAUAACUUCCAGACAUGAUGGCAGCCAGGUUUCUCCGCCGGGCUCUCCCUGCGUUGAGGCAAGUUCGCUCCUAUGCUGAGGUCGCUACCGGUUCCCCGCAAAUGUCCUUCACUUUCGCCUCUCCGACACAGGUGUUCUUCAAAGAGGCCAGUGUUAAACAGGUCGAUGUCCCCACACUCACCGGUGCAUUCGGUAUCCUCCCUGCCCACGUACCCACCCUGCAGGUGCUCAGGCCCGGUGUCGUCACAGUCUUUAAUGAUGACGGCUCCUCUGCCAAAUACUUCGUGAGCAGUGGGUCAGUGACAGUCAACGCUGAUUCAUCAGUACAGCUGCUUGUUGAGGAGGCUGCUCCCCUGGACCAGCUGGAUGUUGCAGCAGCUAAGGCCAACCUGGAAAAAGCCCAGUCCGAACUGGCCGGUGCAGCUGAUGAGGCAGCAAGAGCAGAGGUUCAGAUCAGCAUAGAAGCCAACGAGUCCAUUGUCAAGGCUCUGGAGUAGACCUGUGAUAAUCUGUUGGUUUGAUGAAAAUCAUCUGUCCUCUUGGGGUUCCAGCUCAGUCCCGGCUUGUCCAGAAUAUACCAUUCUUUCUUUGUACAGUGGAUGAAGUAACAAUAAAUUUAUUUGGAAUUACA